UAUGAGAAUGCGCCGGAAGUGUAGCGGAGCAAUCGCUCGGCAUGGCUUUCUGUCAGGAGCUGCUGGUCAUGAAUCGAUCCGAACUAUUGCUGUUUUUAGAGGCAUAACAGCGGAUUUAUCGCAUGCCAAACCGCGCAGCUCCAUUUCAGCCCACUGGACGGUGAAACAGAGAACAUGGCGAGCUUACUGGGUUGUACUGGCGAGGAGCAAGCAUGUUUGUGAGUGAUCUGUGAGGUCAUCGGCAGCAAUGAUGCAACAGAAGCGUAACAUUAAGAUUAUCGAAUGGGAGGAUCUGGACAAGAGGAAGUUCUACUCGCUGGGCAUUUUCAUGACCAUGACCACACGGGCGACCGUCUACCCGUUCACCCUUAUCCGCACCAGACUGCAGGUCCAGAAAGGGAAGUCGCUCUAUAACGGCACCUUCGACGCCUUCUGUAAGAUCCUGAAGGCCGAGGGCGUACGUGGACUCUAUCGAGGGUUCAUGGUUAACACAUUCACCCUGAUCUCGGGUCAGGCCUACAUCACUACAUACGAGUUAGUGAGGAAAUACGUGUCCUGUUACUCCUCCAAUAACACGGUGAAGUCUCUGGUGGCGGGCGGCUCGGCAUCACUGGUGGCCCAGAGCAUCACGGUGCCCAUCGAUGUGGUGUCCCAGCAGCUGAUGGUACAGGGUCAGGGGUGUCAACUCACCCGGUUUAAACUUAAGCCCAAGAGGGUGAUGGACACGUCGAAACACACAGUAACAUUCGGUCAGACCAGAGACAUUGUGGUUCAGAUUUUUCACGCGGAUGGAUUUCGUGGUUUUUAUCGUGGGUAUGUAGCGUCGUUACUCACCUACAUACCCAACAGCGCCGUCUGGUGGCCCUUUUAUCAUUUUUAUGCAGAGCAGCUCUCCAGGCUGGCACCUGCUGACUGCCCGCACUUGAUCCUGCAGGCUGUGGCCGGACCGAUGGCUGCAGCUACAGCCUCAACACUGACCAACCCCAUGGAUGUGGUCAGAGCCAGAGUACAGGUUGAAGGUCGUUCAUCUGUUAUCGAGACAUUUAAGCAGCUCCUGGCUGAAGAGGGCGCGUGGGGUCUCACCAAGGGUCUGUCUGCUCGCAUUAUUUCCUCUACGCCCACCUCCAUCAUGAUCGUCAUUGGUUACGAGACUCUGAAGAGACUCAGCCUGCGGCCUGAACUAGUGGACACCAGACACUGGUGAAAAAAACACACGGACUCGCCCAAACUGGGUGUUGGAUCGCUAUACCUCAGCCCUGUUCCAUGGGCCCCUCUCGUCCCGUGCUUCUGACCUUUUAAACGGAUGCCUUUUAGUUAUUUUCAUGAGUUUUAUGAGGACCAGGCAAUAUUUGACAGAUACUAAGGUGAUCAAAUGUGAAAUUUUCUUUCUUUUCUCCCAUUUUUUGAGGAUUUUGUAUAAUCUGUAACCUUUAAGUUGUUCACGUGAACUAUUUUUGUGUGUGGCCUGAGCUAGAAUAUUUGUAAUGUAACUAAUUCGUUCUUUUCGCCUGGUGUGGGCUUAUCAGAGAUUUUGAAGUGAAAAUGGCAAGUUUGACUCUUUCUUGCGAAUCUCUUGAUGUGUUAUACACUCCGUCUCACAGGAAGUGAAAGACUUUCAAGGUUUCCAUGAUCAGUUAAAUUUGUAUAGUGAAUAUACAUUUUUCUAGUUAUGAAAAUUUGGCUAGAAAUGGCUCUUUGUGAGUGCAGUCUCUUUUUAAAGGAAAAAAAAAAUCUUAAUCCAGUAUUCGCAAGAGACUGGACAAGACAUGGAGAGUCGUAUUUUGUCUGUUUUUAAUAUACCUUGUAUUAACCUUUUAAAAAAAAUAAAACAGUGUUUGGGGGCCAAAGCUUAUUAUAGUUUAAAAAUUUUAUAAAUGUAGUCAUGUUUCAGAAGAUGGCCGUGAUAGGUUUUUUGCCUCAAAUGUGCAAAAGAUUAUUUUCAAAGUGUCUAAUUUGAAUCUUUGUCACAAUCGUGAGUGCAUUAAAUGAACUGCACAAGAAUAAAA